GGGUAUCAAAAUCUCAUGAUCUCAGGGGCCAAUAGUCCAAAUUUACAAUGAUAGAAAAUUGGGGGAUAGAUACAAUUUCAGACAUCUUAAUCAAAUUACCUUGUUACAUCAUAAUAAACAUCUACCAAGUCUACAGCAAAGGAUUCACGAAUUUCUUGCUUAUUUGAAUUGCUUUUUUUAACAGCAGCAUAUACUCCCUUGGAUUUGAGAAAAUGCCCUUUAUAAUAAAUAUAUUGACGCCAUACACGUAGAAACAGUGCAAUUGAAGUAUUUGGUGAGGCCUUGAUUAUUUGAAUUGUCUUUUUACAACAACAUUAUCGUCCAUAUACCAUGCAUAAGUCUUCUAAGAGAGGAAAAUAUAGCCCUGGUUAAUGUACACAAUGGAUCUCGUUAUCGAAUUAUGACUCGACAACCUGAGAGAAAACGUAUGACACAUGGAUUGUUAAAACCAUCCUGUCAUAAUGAUAUAACUAUGUCUUCGAAAAGAUGCAAGAGUACAGAGGCUCCUGCAUAUUGUUCUUUUGUUGGAGGCAAACGGGAUGAUGGAUUUGAAAACGAUGAAGGAUCUAUCCAAGACGUGACCAUGUCUUCGAAAAGAUGCGAGGAUACCUUGACAAGAUCAGAUUGUUCUCUCGUUCGAGGCGAACGGAAUGCUGGAUUUGAAAACGAUAAAGAAUCUACCCAGGAUUCUGUUGAGGAUUGUGGGUAUACGCAAAUCGCCACCCAGAAAGAACAUUCUGACAUAUCUUCUGUAAUCCAGAAUACCGACCUUGUGGAUGAGAGCAAACCAAAAGAGUGCGGUGGCUCAAGAUGGAGUAGAUUCCAGAUCCCUCAUAUAGGAAUUGUGUAUACAAUUACAUCCGCUGUGAUCCUGUCACUCUCUGGCAUGAUUGUGGUGUACCUCUCAGGAACACUGGGUCCGAACCAGCUUCUAUUUUCCCGGACAACUAUACAGCUCCUCUUUUGUCUACCGAUGAGUGCCCUCAACAGGGUUUCCUUUUCACACAGCCGCAAAGCGUACGGUUUACUUUUUCUUCGGUCUAUCCUUGGCGCAAUCAAUACAUCCCUGACAUACAUAAUCUAUCAAAUCAUGCCGGUUUCAAGUUCAAAAUCUAUUCAGUACAGCGCUCCUGUGUUUGCAGGACUGCUUGGCUGGAUAUUUUUAAAGGAAUCCUGCUCGUUUUUGGACACUCUUUUCUCCUUUCUGACUCUCGUUGGCGUUUUCCUGAUCGCGCAGCCACCAUUUCUCUUCGGGAAUUCCGAAUUGGAUGGCAUAGCUUUCGAUGCGAGAGUUCUUGGUUCGGUACUGAGCCUCUUAAGCGCUUUCCUUUCCGCGACCAUUUUGAUCCUUAUGCGAAAACUUGGGUUUUAUAAGGUUCCUUCGUUGGUCGUGCUUAUUUUUUAUUCAAUCUGUGGGUUAUUGUUAUCUGCAUUUCUCACGACCGUCUUACAGCAAUGGACACUGCCUGGAUGCGGAGGGGAUCGUAUCAUUCUCCUUGCCAAUGCAGUUAGUAACUUCUCCUCCCAAAUCCUAAUCUACCUCGCCCUUAAAACGGAACGGGCUCAAACUGUUGCUCUCGUCCACUCAUGUGACAUUAUUUUCUCAUUCACCUUAGAAUAUUUGUUCUUUGGUGUCAUGCCGAACUAUAUUACAGCGAUCGGGACCUUCGUGAUCAUCACUAGUUUUGUUGGGAUUACCUUGAAGAAAUUGUGGGAGAGUCAAAAACUUGAAAAUAGGCAAGAGGGAAAUGGGGAAGACAACCAAAGCGGCAUCACCAACAGCUGACAAGGGAGCCAAUUUUGUUAAAUAGAUACAACUCCGUCAUUUCAUUAAGUGUCUAAAUAGUCUUCAAAGAAAAUGAAAAUGUUACUGAGAGAGAGAGUCCUAAAUAUCAACUUUAUUCAAAACUGAAAAAAAAUCAUUGUACGGUAGAAUCAAUGGAUGACCCAAAUAAAUGCUAUCUUUACCUUUGUUACGUUGGAAUACGAGAUGUAACUCCAAGGA